UUGAAAGAGUGCGGGUUGGUUAAGUUGAUGUGCAAUUUGUGUAUUCUUAUUAACUCAUAAUUGUUGUAACCUAAUAAAGUUGAUAACAUAAGAAUGAAGAGUUUUGGAAGCCCUUUCCAGUCGAAAACCGUCUUGUCGCCUAGAGUUCCAACUUCGGCGUCAUCAAGUAGAAGAAGUUCACUGUUGCCGGGAGGAAACAGAAAUGUUUCGUCGAGGUACAGUAUUUCUGGCCAGUCGAAUCAGUCUAUCCAGAUUGUUUGCAAAACACCGUAUCAUACAGUUGAGAGUUUUGGACUGUCACUUCCUGUAUUGGUGACUGAAGUGCUCACGUUUUCAGAUAGAUCAACAGCUGCAAGUGUGUCCAUGUCAGCAGAUGGGUGGGCGUGGUUUGUGUGUGGACGUCGUCUUCUCAUUUGGCAGUAUCGCCAGCCCCCUGGUCACUCUCGUCCUGCAAGCAGUCAGUGCCAAGAGCUAACGUUGCCACCGAGUGACCUUGCACACAGAGCAUCUCUAGUUUGUGUUUUUACACCCCGUGGAAAUCAGGUACCAUCCUGCAUCGCUGUCUCACCAGAAGGCACAGUGCGGUAUUGGCCAAGUGUUUUGCAUUCUGGUGCCUCCGUAGAGCACGUUGUAGACCUCCAAGGUCAAGAAUGCGACCAACUGGCAGAUAUAUCACCUUUUGGCUGUGUUUUAGCAACAACUACAGCUACUGUAGUUCUAGUUCAACCACUGGUGCAGUCAGGUCGACACACACUCAUUUGUCGCCCACUUAGAUCUCCUCACGGUUGGCUCGGUGGUAUUGGGCGGCGUGUGUCCUCGCUCAUAUUUGGUGGCUUGCCCACUGCACACUCAGCAGAAACAAAGCUGGUGAAGAUAGUUGCUGUCAGAAAUAGUGAUUCAGCAUCAGAUGAUUGGAAUAUAUUUGUGCUAGCUGAACAUUCACUGCAGAAAUGGUUACUGUCUUCGGGGGAGACGGAAACCCUUCUCUUUGAGUGUGACAUUAGUGUGAUGGUUAGAGAAGGGUUCUGUGCUCUUUGGCAGGAUAUGGUGGCUGGAAGUGAGCUGGACAUUUGGCUCCUUGACAUGCAGUCUACUGAUGAUGGUCUCAUGCUCCUGGCAGCUGCACUUAAUUCUUCUGUUUCACAGCAGCUUCAUUAUGCACUCGGGAAAUUACCCACAGAAAGAAAUAACGUUCCUGCAAAAUUUGCAUCAUUCACGCUUCUGAAACAUACCACAUUGUAUCAAGAGACAGAGGAGCCUGAAGUAUUGGGUUACCAGUUACUGCUGUCUGCCCAGGGAGCCUAUCUGUUCAAUCAGAAAUCUGUGAUUGCAUUGUCAGCUGCAAACUAUGGGGACGAACCAGACAUUGUAGAAUUUAUGAGUCCUGGAGACCGUUUACUUGGUGGUGCAAUAUGUGGAAAUGUUCCAAUAUUUUUUUCAAAGAUUCAUGGGCUGGUGGCCCUUUCAUCUGUAGACAUGGCUCCUAAUGAUUUUUUAAACAGCAGUGUCAGUGUGGCUGACUUCCCAACUGUAACAGAUGCCACUGUAUCUCAGGCAACUGAUGGGCUUGUAGCAGUGUCCAUGACAGAUUUUGAAUUGGAGGAACUUUCAAUCAGCAAAGACAGUGUUGCCAGAAUGCGUGCUGCUUUUAUAUAUCACAUUAAAAAUAAAAAUAAGUCCCAAAGUGAAGAAAUUAUUGAAGACCUUUUCCCUGAACACACAGAAACUAUCAAUGAAAUUGACAAUGUUAUUGAUACCGUCAUUGUGAAAGUCAGUGAAGACCUAAUAAAUGAUAUUCCAGCUGCUGAUCCUCGCUGGAGUGAAGUGAGAUCAUCAGCUGUCAGUAUUGGGAGUUCCAGUUCUCUCCAGAUUCUCCAUCAACUGGAAGGAAAACAGAAGGCUUUGGACCUGUUUGUACAGUUUCUGAAGGAUGUGAAACUGUGGGAUAGGUUUUCAGCAGUCUCCAUUAGAAGAACUCCAAUGCCAACAUCAUAUGUUCUGGGAGAACAUGCAGAAAAAGUAGUAGCAGCAAUUUCACUUCACUUGCUUCAGCCACAAUACAGCAUGGUGAUUGAAACGAACAUCAAACUACUGCUUGCAGAUGAAAGGAAAAUGCCAACUGGAGCUUUAAAUUAUUUUGACAUCUUUUAUCAAGAGGUUACCAACAUCCACAAAAUAUUCCACUUCAUUUCAAAGUGGUGUGAAGAUAUAGCACAUAGUGAUCGUCGACCACAAGAGGUUGCAAAGCUCCUUGUUGAGGCAAAUUCUGCAAUACUGUCUGUUCUGCAAGAUGUUAUACAGUUUCGCCAACAGAGGGCAGAGAUGUUCUCACCUACCACUCCACUGCCUCCAUCCAUCACUGAGUAUAUUCCUUGGACUGCUGCUGUUGGUAAAAGUGGAGUGCGAGAUGCUUUAAACAAACAGCGAAAACUCACUCUUGAGUGUGGAUCCUCCAUUACAGGGGAUAUUGUAUUAAAAAAUCAACUGUUUGAUCAGUUGGUCAAUUUGAUUGAUAUUAUUCUUGAUGGACACAAAUGUCGUCUUGAAAGUAUUCGUGGAACCGAAAAAUUUGAUGGCUUAUUUCUGCAGUAUGAACGUGAGCGGAUGUCUCUGAUUCAACCAUUUUUGAUAAUGGAAGAAUAUGAAAGGGCAGCCAUUCUAGCAGAAAAAUACUGUGAUUUUCAAAUCUUAAUUGAAAUUUGUGAAUCAACAGAAAAUCAAGAACGUCUGGAACAAUAUACGAAAAAAUUUGCAGACCAGAAUUUCUCCCAUUUCCUUUUUAAUUGGUACAUCCGUGAGAAUAAACAAGGCAAAUUGCUGGAAUACUUCAAGAUGCGCAAGCUGUCCCCUGACCAGCAGCAUUCAUUGACAGAAUUUUUGACAAAGUAUCCUCAUUUGUCAUGGAUAGCUAGUGUUUUUAGUAAUGAAUUCAAUGAUGCCAGCCAAACAUUACAUCAUCUUGCGAAGGAAGAAACUGAACUUCUCUGCAGAAAAAAGUCUAUGCUGUCACUUUCAAAACUUGCACAUUUGGCAGCUGGUAGGCAACCCACAGAAGAAAACAAGGAAUUAAGAUCAAUUGAUGAUGACUUGACUUUAAUUGCGCAUCAAGAAGAUUUACCAGAAACAGUUUUCACUGCCCUGGGAUUUGAUUACAAAAAGCAGAAAGUUCUUACUCCAGCUGAAAUUAUAAGGUUGUACAUAAGUGAAGAGAAUCAUAUGAUACAAGAAUAUGACUUUAAAAAGGCCCUGGACUUACUUGAUUACAUUCCUGAUGAAUUUGAAAAGAGUGAAUUAAGGCAAAGUAUUUGGUGCAGAGCUAUUUUACAUGAUAAGUGGAUUGACAAGGGCACAACUUCACCUAUUGAUGUGAUACAGAGUACAAUGUUUUAUAAAGUGGCAGAAGUAGCGUGCUUACUUGAUGAAGGUGCCGACGAGCUUCUACCACCUGUGGAGAGGCUGCUAGAAGCUCCAGAAAUUGGAAACCUUAAGGACAGCAGUAGUUUUCAGUACCUUUUAAAAGCAGCAUAUGAACAUAUAGAAAGGACUCUCCUCACAGUAUAAAUGUUGUGUUUUGAAUAUUUCAAUUGUCUACUUGUGUAAAUUGCGUGAUUUGGUUUCAUCAUGUGGAUGGGGGAACAAAAGUAAGGUUGCAAGAAGGAUUUUUGAGGUGAAUAAAAAUCCUAAAACAAUGGAAAGUCCAGCCUGGAAUAAUGACAGUGUUAUGGAAAGGAUAUGUUGCUAUUCACCACUAUAGCGGAGAUGUUGAGUCGCAGAUAGGCGCAACAAAAGACUGUCAACAAGUAACCUUUUGGGAGACAGUGUCGUGUUUUUGUUGUGCCUAUCUGUGACUCAGCAUCCUUGCUGUAUGUGUGAGUAGGCAAUCUGCCCUUCCAGAAUGUUGUCACUAAUCGUAACAGUAAGUCUUUUUGUAAAUUUGUGAUAGUCCUGCCAUGUUUUCUACAAUGUUUUGUAUUUUGAAAAAAAGAACUGUAAUAAAUGUAUUUAGUUUUC